AUGCAAUGGCUCACUCACGACCGGCUAAACCGGUCCUGUGGACCGAGCCGCUGUUGUCAAAGCGGUCUGAUGGGGAGGCUUAACCCCGAGCACUCGCAGCAAACCCAUUCUGUUUGGUGCAGCAUUCAUCCACCCAGUAUUGCAGCGCUCCGAGUGGACAGUUACGGUACCGCGGGAGUUCAGCAAAUCGCCGAAAGUGAAAGGAUUUUGAAUCAGGAAUGCCGCGUUAAGAUGGCGUACAAAGACAAAGUCGAGAGUUUAACCGAGUACGUAAUUUGCCCCGUGUGCCUGGAUUUCUUCAACAAUCCGGUUAUACUAGAGUGCGGGCACAACUUCUGUCGCUCUUGUAUAACACAAUGUUGGGAAAGUGCGGAGAGAAAAUCCUGUCCAGAAUGCAGAACGGAGUUAGUCGACCGCAUGGUCAUGGUCAAUCUGGCCUUAGCAAGUCUUUCUGAGAAAGCUCGAAACCUAAACCUGGGCCCGAAAGAGGAGGAAAGUAAACUUCACUGCGAGGAACAUUGGGAAGAACUGAAGCUGUUUUGCGAAACGGACAAGAAACUGAUCUGUGUGAUUUGCGCGGCUGCGCCGGAACACAGGGAGCACCGCCUCCUGCCGGUUAAAGAAGCUGUUGAAAUCUGCAAGGAUCAGCUGAAAUCUGCGUCAGAAUCGCUGACUGAAAAGAAAUCAGCGAUGGAGGAAUUGAAGCAACAACAGAAGCUAAAGAUUUCUGACGUUCAGGAACAGUCACACAACCUCCAGUCCCACAUUGCAUCUGUAUUUGCUGAACUGCACCAGAUUCUCACCGAGAAAGAGCAGCGCUUACUCAGAGAUCUCAGGGAAGAAGAAGAGAGGGUUCUAAAUCCAAUGGAGAAAAAUCUCCGAGAGAUUCAAGGGAAUUUAAAUUCUAUUCAGGUGGAGCUCUCAAAGCUUCAGGAACGGAUCGACCAAACAGACAGUGUGAUCUUUCUGAAGGAAGAAAUCCAUCGCAAUAGCAGGAUUGGUGAUGAUGACCAGACAUUAUCGGUAGCAGACGGUGCCCUGGAUGUUGGAAAAUUUGAUCACCCCUAUUUGUUGAACGCAAUGCUGAGAGAAAGUUUUGAUAGCAUGAAGCGAGUCUCCAUGACCCUGGAUAAGGAAACAGCGAAUGCGGAGCUCGAGGUGUCUGCGGAUCUGAAGAGUGUGAGAUGGACCGGGACCCGAAGGAUUCUUCCCGACACCGGGAAGAGGUUCACAGUCUGGGAGUGUGUGCUGGGAUCGGAGGGAUUCACAUCGGGGAGACAUUACUGGGAGGUGGAGGUGGCGGGGAAUCGGUGGUGGAGUCUGGGAGUCGCCGCAGAGUCUGUGCAGAGGAAGAAAUGCGUCGAACUGACACCGGAGACUGGAGUCUGGGCUAUCGAGCGGGCUGGUGACAAGUUUUAUGUGAACACCUCCCCUGAAUCCGGUGUCUCUGCCGGUCCUAUCCCCGGGAGGGUGGGAGUUUAUCUCAGUUACGAGUUAGGGACAAUUUCAUUUUACAGCGCGGACACCAAGUCCCAUCUCCACACCUUCACUGGGAAUAAAUUCACAGAGAAAUGUUAUCCUUUCUUUUGGACUGUGGAUGGAAACGAGUGGCUGAGAAUCUGCUCCGGUUCCACUCCAAGUCUGUAGAAGUGUCGGGUCCCCGGGACCGGCGUCAGUAAUAGGGAAUAGGGACUGUAAAACAGAAACCCAGUUGGCAACAGGUUGGAGCUGAACGGCUCCCAUUUAAUCUCAAAAUUCCGCAUUGUAAAACCCUAAUGA